AUGGAGGGUUCUAAAAGUGAAAAUGAUAUUGCCAUUCCUAAUCCCGCGACUGCAGCGAAUAGUCAGGAAAUAAAAAAGCACGUAUUUACCUGCAACCGUGCUCGAGAUGCUUUAGAGCGUAUGCACAAAUUCAUUGACUCUUUCGAACCGUCUAGACUGGCAGAAGCUCAGCUACGUUUAGCUCGAUUAGAUCAAAUUUAUACUACUUAUCAAGAUAGCUCUUCGGCUCUAGAAAUCCUGACUGAUGGUAUAGUCACGGAGUACGAAAUGGAUUUACAGAAAGAUUUAGAGGAGUUUGAAAAUGACUUUUUCGCUCUCCAAGCUUGGCUCAAAACCCAUUGCUCGAGUCAGGCUGAGCGGCUUCCUGAUACUACACCGGGAACCACCUGUGGGACACUUCGCCUUCCUAGCAUCUCAGUUCCCGAAUUCAAUGGGGACAUCGAUAAAUGGUAUUCGUUUUACGACACCUUUCGCUCCUUGAUACACAAUAAUCCAGAGCUCUCGGACAUCCAGAAGUUCCAUUACUUUAAAGCGUCCUUGAAGGGUACAGCAGCAAAGCUUAUUGACGACAUUACCCUGUGCGCAGAUAAUUAUACGGUAGCCCUUAAAAUUAUCACUGAUCGAUUUGAGCAUCCUAAGGUUCUAAUCAAGAGUCACCUUAAUGCUCUAUUUGCCAUUCAGAAGGUGCAAACUGAAUCGGCACAAUCCUUGUCCAAUCUACUUGAUGAUUUUCAAAAAAACAUUGGGGUUCUGAACAAACUUGGCGAACCCACCAGUGAUUGGAGUUCUCUUCUCGUCCAUAUGCUAACUUCGCGCUUAGAUCCAGCAACGAAACGUGAAUGGGAAAGAACAACAGAUCCAAAGUCUAUGCCAAAAUUUGAGGAGCUUGUAUACUUUUUGCAAAACCAUAUAUUGCAAUUGCAGUCCUUAGAAGUUGACUUUCAGCGGAAUGCUAAAUCUCAAACCACCAGAGCCACAUACGCUACCACAUCUUCGUCUAAUAGAUCCUGCAGCCUCUGCAGUGGAAAUCACUCCCUAUUCUACUGCGGUAAAUUUAAAGCACUUACCGUUCCGGAAAGAAUUAACGUCGUAUCCAGCAAAGGACUUUGUGCGAACUGCAUAAGUGAAAGGCACCAUCCAAAUCAAUGCAAACAGCGUAGCUGUCGGGUUUGUGGAAAGAAACAUAAUAGUCUUCUGCAUCGAUCGUCUCCACAUAACGCCAAAGGUACAUCAACGCUGUCAAAUCAACAAGAACCAACCAACAUAUCUCAAUCGCUUGAGGCGCCAAACGAAAGCGCACACUCAAGAUCGCUCCAAAUUCCUAGUACCUCUCAGUCCUCGUUUGUGACGUCUCGAUCUAACCGCUCACCCCAGGUACAAGUUUUCCUGUCAACUGCACUUGUAAAGGUGGUUGGGCCCAAAGGAAACAUAGCUGUUGCCAGAGUCUUGCUAGACAAUGCUUCGCAGCCCAACCUGAUGACUGAACGAUUUCGACAAAUAUUGAAUCUUCGAAAAAGUUCAGCUAGUACGGAGCUCUACGGUGUUGGGGCUGAACGGAAAGUGGUUGCAUUUUCAACGGUAGCAACAGUAUGUUCGCGGUUCAACAACUAUCGAGCGGUGUUGGAAUUCUUAGUCUUGCCGAAAGUUACCACUGACCUGCCCACUUCGUCGGUGGACACUACAGGGUGGAUUAUUCCAGACCACAUCCAACUUGCUGAUCCUACUUUUGCCACUUCAGGUGCUAUUGAUAUGGUAAUCGGUAGUGAGGUCUUUUUCGAUCUCCUUCGGAGAGGUCACAUGCGGAUCGACGACGAUAAACCUACACUACACAACUCCGUAUUUGGUUGGUUAGUUGCGGGAGCACAUCGAAGCUCGUCAGCGCCAGUGUGUUUGGUCACUCAUGUUAUCACUACUGAGAGUCUAAACAAGCAGGUAGCAAAAUUUUGGGAAAUUGAAUCCUGUCAGUCAGAAUCAAUCUGGUCAGUAGAAGAGCGUCUUUGUGAGGAAAUCUUCACGUCAACAACUGAACGGGACUCGGAUGGUCGCUACAUCGUUACCUUACCUAAACGCAUAGAAUUCAUUGGGCAUCUUGGAGAUUCACGAUCUAUAGCUACGAAACGAUUCCACGCCAUGGAGCGACGCCUUGCAAAGGAUUCGGCGUUGCACCACCAAUAUUGUUCCUUUAUGAACGAAUAUCUCUCAUUGGGCCAUAUGAAGCUGGUUGAUGUGGUGUCAGAUUUGCCAGGACAACAUUAUUAUCUCCCUCAUCAUGCGAUCAUUAAGCCCGAGAGCACUACCACCAAACUACGUGUGGUGUUCGACGGCUCAUGUAGAACGACGUCUGGGUUUGCUUUAAAUGAUCUACUUCUCAAAGGCCCCACAGUUCAGGAUGACAUGCUCUCUCUAAUUUUUCGUUUUCGCAUGAAGCCAAUCGUCAUUAAAGCGGACAUUCAAAAAAUGUAUCGCCAGAUCAAAAUAGCAGAAAAAGAUCUACCGUAUCAGCAAAUCCUGUGGCGAAACGCUCCCGAGGAACCCCUACACACAUACCAGCUCACUACUGUCACGUAUGGUACCACGACAGCUCCCUUUCUUGCUACACGAUGCCUACAGCAACUUUCUGACGACGAAGCAGUUAAUUUUCCAGCGGCUGCACGUGUGGUGAAAAAAGGAUUUUAUGUUGACGACCUGUUAUAUGGAUUCGACACCCUCAAAGAGGCGUUAGAAGCAACGGAGCAGUUACACCUCAUGAUGUCAUCAGCUGGUCUAUCAUUACGCAAGUGGUCGUCGAAUUGCCGUAAUGUUCUCAAUGAAAUCCCACGCGACUACUGGGAGACUGAAAGGGUGUUGGAGUUAGACAGUUCGGCUCCAGUUCAAGCUCUUGGGCUGUUGUGGGAACCAAUGUCAGACGAUUUUUUGUUCAAAAUUCCACAAUGGACCAAACAAACUUUUUCUACAAAGCCAAGCGUACUGUCACAAACAGCUAGCUUAUUUGACCCGUUAGGAUUGGUCGGACCAGUGAUUGUCAUCGCCAAAAUAUUCAUUCAAGCGCUGUGGGAGUUAAAUCUUGAAUGGGAUCAACACUUGCCUUCGGAGCUUCACGAGCAGUGGAUGAACUUCGUAAGCCGUUUACCGAUCCUUAAACAGCUUCGUAUUCCCCGAUUUGUUUUAACGGACAACAUCGUACGGGUUUGCCGAUGCAUCUCUACGAGCAUAUGGUGCAUGCGUGUACUUCAGAGCUGUGUCUGCAUCGGGUGGUGUAUCGAUACGUCUCAUGACUGCAAAAUCUCGUGUUGCUCCUCCGGAACGAAGACGACCUACGCUAGCUCGGUUGGAGCUGUGUGCAGCUCUCCUUCUGGCCAAUCUACAGAAAAAGGUGCUAGAAAGUGUGGAAGUGCACUGCCCAUGUUAUUUUUGGUCGGAUUCCACGAUCGUCCUACACUGGCUAGCAAAGGAACCGUCAACAUGGAAAAUCUUCGCAAAUAG